AGCGCAUUCUGUGUCCACCAGAGCAGACUCCCAAUGGAAGGAGCUCACAGAUCUCUCUCAGAACACUGCUCUGCGAGAGUCGAAGGCAGGACGCUGCCAUAGUGAAGUGAGCAUUGUCACCUUCUGGAGUGCCAACGCUGGCAUGCAGGGAGACCCACAACGGCUCUGUCAUGGGGCCUCUCAGGCCACGCCCGGACCCCAGGUGUGGGCACACGAAUUUACGCAUGCGCAUACACACCCUGCGUCAGUUUGUCCACAGGCAGGCUGACCUAACAGAGGUAAUCACAUAAUAAGGGAGAAAGUCCAGGAGGACAUUUUCUGCUUCAGGUGGAAGCAGUAUGGCAGUUUCCUUCUGUUGUGGCCCCCAGUGCACCUGAGAACAAGCAUAACAUGUCAAGGUUCAGAUGAACAUGACUCUCUAGACUUCAAAAAGAGGUGCAGUUGGUGGGAAGUCAAAAGAACCAGAUUAAGAAAAUUUUCAUGGAAACUUCUGACUAAUUCCCCUUGCCUCUGUCUCCCUGAAUAUAGCAUAGGCCUAGGCAGUGAAUCUUGUUAGAAGCCUGGUCCUAGUUCAUGUUACUUCUAAAGCGAAUCAAAUAGGUAUUUCUGGAGAGGACUCUGGCCUGAAAGGUGUCUCAGGAGGCCUGAGCUCUCAUCCUGCCCUGGUUGCUGGUGACUUCUUCCCCCAGUCUUUCCUAGCUUAGCAGGUGGUUCCGUCUAGACCCAUGAAGGUGACUGGUGACCUGCCAGCAUGGCCCCUCCAUGGCACCAAGUGGCUGCAUUUCUCACCACCUAAAGCCAUCCAGCUCUUUCUGCGAGUGUUCUCUAAGGGCUACCAGGACAAGGAAGAUGGGGAGCCAAAGACCAAGCAUCUCAGAGAAGAGGAGGAAGAAGGCGAGAAGCACAGGGAACUUAGGCUGCGGAACUAUGUCCCGGAGGAUGAGGACCUGAAGAAGAGGAGGGUGCCCCAGGCCAAACCGGUUGCAGUGGAGGAGAAGGUGAAGGAGCAGCUGGAGGCCGCCAAGCCCGAGCCCGUCAUCGAGGAGGUGGACCUGGCCAACCUCGCUCCUCGGAAGCCUGACUGGGACCUCAAGAGAGAUGUGGCCAAGAAGCUGGAGAAACUAAAAAAACGGACUCAGAGGGCCAUUGCCGAGCUAAUCCGUGAAAGGCUGAAAGGCCAGGAAGAUAACCUAGCCUCUGCAGUGGAUGCUGCCACCGAACAAAAGGCCUGUGACUCCGACUGAGGCAUGCCCUGCACCACCACUCGCCCAUCAGGCCUGUCCUCCAGGGGAUGGUCUUGGGCAGGGAUGGGGGCUAGGCUUGCCAUCACCUCCAGUUUGGCUUCUGAGCAGAGACUCCCUGCCUGUCAAGUCUGAAACCCCCAUGGGUGAGGUCAGCUCCUUGUCUCCUGGGUGGCCCCUGCCAUUCUGAAUGGAGGCAGAACCAGCAACAACUCUGGGUGUGCUUGUGUCUGCACAUGUGGAUGUACAUAUGUCUGUAUAUAUGUAUAUAUUUUGAACUUUUUUAAAAAAAAUCUGGAAAUAGAGACAAGUAAACCCCUGUGUGUGGCAGAAA